CGGCAAGAGAAACAAAGCGCUUUUACUCCAUGGCAAUGGCAGCUGUCUCCCCACGUGGCAUAUUUGUCAGCCCAGAAACUUCGUUGCCUACAGGUAGAGUGCAUGUAUCGGUCAAAGCAAGAAAGCUCCUUACAGCGAACAGCGCACGCGCGUUUGGCCUUCUUUGUGUGGCCACCUUCAGCAAAUCCAGAAGGCUUCCGCACUGCAGCUGCAAAGCUGGAAGGGCAUUAGCCCCACACAGGAGUGUGCAGAUAGAUCAAGAUGGAAGGCAUUGGGAGGCGGCUGUGUCGAGGAUAGGGCCACGGCUUCCAGAGACCAUAAAAAGUAUUGAUGAAGCGUGGCGAACUGGUGCCGGGCUACUCAGAGUUGCAUGCUUUGAGGCAAGCUCCAUCACACAGAUCGCAGUGGCUGGAGAGAAUCUGUGUUUUGGCACCGGCUCUGGCAGAAUCCGUGUUGUAGAUAUACGGAGUGGAGCAAGGGUGGGAGAGUAUUUCAUCGGUUCACAUUUGCCAUCUGCAGUAACCGCACUGCACUUUAGCCACAAUAUGGUCAUAGCUGGAGACUCUGCUGGAGGUUUAUAUGCUUGGCGAUCUGAGUUUCCAGGUAGUUGGGGUUAUACCCCUGCUCCUGACCUGACUUUUGUUGCAGUUGGCCACAGAGCACACAAUGGUGCAAUUGCAGGCUUGCUUUGCUUUGGCGAUCUUUUGAUCAGCUGUGGUGGAAACUCCGUAUGCCUUUGGCAUUUGGAGAAGGAGGACCUGCAUGGUUACACCCACAAAGGUACUGCGGACUUCAAGUCACCGCCACUAUGCUUGUCCAAAGCUGAAAGUGAUGCUGUCUACCUAGGGCUGGAGGACGGUUCCGUCUGGAAGUUUGAGUGUUCUGAUAUGUCAAAGUCUAGUGUCUUGCCUCCAUCAGAAGCCGGUGCCGUCACAGCAGUGGCUUAUCAAUCUGGCACCUUGGUCGUUGGCUAUCAAAACGGCGAGGUGAAGAUCCUCCGAAACUCCAAGCCACACACAGCAGAAGCGUUCCACAGAGGUCGUGUGCGACAUCUGCAGUUUCUUCCUCGACACAAAGCAUCGGAAACCUUGUUUUUGAGCGCCGCUUGUGAUGGAAGAGUUUGUGCCUGGAGUGAUUCUGGCACAGCUUUAUGGGGUAUUCGUGGGCUACGUUCGGGCCUUGGCAAGAGAGCGGAGGAUUCGGACUUGGACCGCUUGCCUUUGGACAACGUUUCCCUGGCUGCUGACAGCGAACGGCUCUUCUUCAGUGGCCUUGUCGUUAACCCAGUCACUCCAGGCAAUACCGUCUUUGAAAGCGAUUGGCGGCAGUCGAGAUCCAACCACAACGAGGUGGCACCUGCGUGCGAGGGCGUUCUGUGCAUGGAUAUGGCCCGGUGAAAAAGCUUUGCGUUGUGGGAUUUGCUUUGAUAUCAGCUUUGC